CGGCGUAUCACAGUUGCAGAAUUUUCUGCGACAAAAAAUCUAGUAACUAGAGAGUGUAUAUAUGAUGAACUUUGUACCCCACUCCUCUCCUCUCUCUCUUCUCUACUUUCCUCGUCUCAGCUUACUUUUUCAGCAAAUCUGAUUUGCAAAGAUAAAAUCAUCGACGAAGGAAAUAAAAAGAUGAGUGACGGGAGGAGGAAGAAGAGUGUGAACGGAGGUGCACCGGCGCAAACUAUCCCCGAUGAUCGGAGAUCUAGUCUUCCGGAAGUUGAAGCUUCUCCUCCGGCGGGGAAGCGAGCUGUCAUCAAGAGUGCUGAUAUGAAAGAGGAUAUGCAGAAGGAGGCUAUCGACAUCGCUAUCACCGCAUUUGAGACUUACAGUGUGGAGAAGGAUAUAGCUGAGAAUAUAAAGAAGGAGUUUGACAAGAAACAUGGUGCUACUUGGCAUUGCAUUGUUGGUCGCAACUUUGGAUCUUACGUAACACACGAGACAAACCAUUUCGUUUACUUCUACCUCGACCAAAAAGCUGUUCUGCUAUUCAAGUCGGGUUAAUAAUUUGGAAAACCAAGAAAGCUCAUCGUUGGGGGAAAAAAGUGAUGCUCAAUCGCAUUAUCAUCAUCACGUUGUAGUUAGUUUCUUGUUUUGUGUGUAUGCAUGUGUUCCUUCAAGGCUUUUAACCAACAAAAUUGGAGAAUAAACCCUUGCAAGUCUUUUAGUACAUGUCAUGCAUCUUCAAAUGUAUAUUUGAUUUUACCAGAUCUAAAACUCAGCUUUGAAGAAAUCUGAAUUUCCGGUUUAUGUUGCUUUCUCUUUCUUCAUUGGUACCAACCAUACAAUUGCUAUCCGAAUUC